AUGUCGCUUCCUAUCGGCCAAAGGCGCUUGACGCCGGUGGUCAUAUUAUCGCUGGUUGUCGCCGCGGCUCUGGGCAAGAAGACUCGGCCGACGGGGUCGCUGCAGGCGCUUUACGAUUUCUCGCGCGCCGACUGCCUCGCGGGCAGCUUUGGCAAGUCCAGCGGGAAGUCGGCCAGCUUGGGCGCGGUCGCCGUCGCUGGUUCGGGGAGCCACUGCCUCGAGGGCGUGGGCCUGGGAAUGGACGGAGCGCGGUCUGGCACGGCGGCCGCCUCCGCCGGCACCAUCUCUGACGCGCUCCCCGCCAUCACCUCGUCCGGCGCAUACUCUCUCGAGGUUUGGGUGCGCGCCGCGCCGCAGUCGAGCGACGCUUCCCUCCCGAUCCUGGCGAUCGGGACGGAGGGCGCCUUCCAGGAUUCGAGCCCCUGCGACAAGGACCUCUUUGGCGUCGCGCUCAUGCAGCGCGGCAACAAGGUCGAGGUGCAGCUCGCCUCGUCGUCCUAUUCGUCUCGGGCCGACUCGUACAACUGCAUCGUGAUCGGGCCGGAAGUGCACGCGGGAAGCUCCGACUUCUUUACCGCCACCGCCGCCGACCUCGGCCCGCCCGUGCAGAUCAUGGUCGUCGUCCAGACCGGCAAGCCUGCCAAGGUGUACCACAACGGCAAGCCGGUCGCCGGGCUGAUCGAUGCCCUCAGCGCUCAGCAGUCGGACGUGUCGACCUACGCCUUGCAGCCGCAGUUCGACCUGUGGACGGACGCGUACAAGCUUCUCCUCGGGCCGGUCCCCUACACCAAGGGCGCCAAGGUCGGCUGGGACGGCGAGCUCCUCCUAGUCGCGAUGCACUCGUCUGCGCUGACCGCGGCGCAGGUCCAGGACUCGUACUCGGCGUGGCUUGCCGACUCGGCGCCGCUCGCGGGGGAGCUGGCGCUCACGACGGUGGAGGACACGCCGUUCCUGAUCACUCUCAACGGGACCGACCCCUUCGACGCAAAGUACAACCCGACCGGCGCCUCCAAGCUCUCGUACACCGUGACCAAGCUGCCGGCGCCGGAGCACGGCUUCCUCAUCGCGGGCCACGCGGGCGCAAAGGCGCCGCCGUCGGGCGCGACGCCGCUGACCGGGCCGACGAAGCUGAGCAGCGCGAGCCUCUGGUUCACGCCCUACCCGGACCUCUUCGGCACCGCCGCAGCCACCUUCGAGUACCAGGUCUCCGACUCGAAGGGCGGCGCCUCGGAGGCGGCGACCGUCACGAUUGACAUCACGCCG